AAAAAAAAAGAAGAAGAAUGAAUUCCACAUGUUGCUCUGCAUGCAAGGUCAUGAAAUGUGAUUGUGCUCCUAAUUGUAUAUUUGCACCACAUUUCCCAUUGACCAAUCUCGAAACUUUCGAACGCCUUCACAGAAUAUUUGGAGCGGGUAAUGUCUUCAAGAUCCUAGCUAAUCUGGAUCCUAUCCAACGUGAAACUGCUGUAAACGCUUUGUGUUACGAGGCCGAGGCUCUUGAACGUGACCCCAUAUUUGGUUGUGUUGGCAUCUUUAACCACUACAAAAAUCAGCUUCAAAAUUUAGAUGAACAAAUCAAUUCUGCAAAGAAUGAGCUUGCAGCCAUCAUUGGACUUGAUAACGUUCCGCAAUAUUCAAGUAUUCCUAUGCCAGCUGAUUUUUUGACUAAUAAGUUUUCUUUACAUCCUUAUAUUGAAAAGAUGGAGGGACUAGAUGAGGUUCAAAAGAAGGAACUUAUGCAACUACCACCUGUUGAUGCGCAAGUUAUAGUGAAUGAAAUGUUUAGGAAGAGAGGAAAUAUAAAGAUAUGUGGUGGUCAUGGGGAUGCAUGCGCAUCAACAUCUGGAGGGACCAGUGCAACUCAGAAGACCCUUCCAUUUCCUCAAAACCAUAACCAACCAUAGUUCUAAUUAAAUGUCUUUUGUGUUUAUUUUAUUUUUGCAUCUCAAUUCCCAUAAUAAUUUGGUGUCAUUUCCUUUGUUUUAUAUCAUUUCGUCAGAACUUCAUGUAA